AUCUGCUUCAAAACUGAAUACCAUUCCCUGCAGACUUCAGUUUCUGCUGUCUGUUAGGAAAGGGAUAAUCCUCUUUUUGCUAAUUAUUUUUUGUUACCAUGGAGGUUAUUAUGCUGUCAAAACCAAGAGAUUAUGAUGGCACUUGUGCACAUGUAAUGAAUAUUAUCAAGUGAUACACAUGCUGGACACAAUUCUCCAAAAGCAGGACAAGACGCAACUCACAGAGAUACAGAAGCCAGGGAGGAGACUAAGCACAGUGUACCUUCAUGUGCCUUGGCAGUAAACAGUAUAAAUACAUCAACACAGACCUCUCUACUGUAGUCUCUCCUAACCCCUUGGAGGACCACUUUGCCUGAUAUCUGCAGCAGUGGCCAGAAAUCUACAGUUUCUCGGAGUUGGGAGUCUUAGUAUGCUGAUCUGAGUAACCAUGUUGCCUGAACUAUUUCUGCUGUCCCUGUCACUGACUCUAGUCAUUGGACAAGACGAGUACUAUGACCCACGGUACUAUGACACACAGUAUCAUGAAAAAGCACCGUAUCAGCCCUACAGUGCUAUAGGCCAAGGAAAAGGGAACCAAGAUGACCAAGAUUUGGCUGAAGCUUCAGGAGAUAUGAAAGUACCAGACUAUGGAAAAGGAGUUGAAGUACCUGACUACAGUAAAGGACCUGCUCCUCCUGCUCAAGUGGUUUCAGUUCCAGGACCUCCAGGGCCUGAAGGCCCCCCAGGACCUCCAGGAAAACCAGGUCAUGGAUUGCCAGGACCUCCAGGACCACAAGGGCCACCAGGACCAAGAAGCAUGGCCUCUCCAGGAAAACCAGGUUCUCCAGGGGCACCAGGGAAACCAGGAGAAAAUGGAGCACCAGGAGCUAGAGGACAUCAAGGACCAGCAGGGGAACCAGGAGCACCAGGGCCUCAAGGAAGUACUGGACCAGCUGGACCAGCUGGACCUAUUGGUAUAGGUAAGCAAGGACCUCCAGGACCUCCAGGUGAAGCUGGUCCACCAGGUGCAAAAGGAAUAAAGGGACAUACUGGUUAUCCUGGUCCACAAGGUCAGAAAGGAGAGCCUGGUAUUGGCAUUCAAGGACCAGCAGGUGAGAGAGGAGCACCAGGUGCACAGGGACCACCUGGACGUCCAGGACCAGCAGGUAUAGGGAAACCAGGUGAAAAUGGAGCUCCAGGAGAGCCAGGUGAAAGAGGUGAACAGGGUGCUACAGGUGAACAAGGGCCACAGGGAGAACAAGGACCUCAGGGACUUCAAGGUGAACCUGGACCAGUGGGAAUUGGAAGGCCUGGUGAGAAUGGUAAACAAGGCCCUCCAGGACCCACAGGGCCUAAGGGACUGCCUGGCUCUCCAGGUCUGCCUGGACCGGCUGGCUUGGUAGGAGUUGGAAAACCAGGACCUUCAGGUCCUAGAGGGCAGUCAGGGCCAGCAGGUGCUCCAGGUUUGCCAGGACUAAAAGGUGAAAAAGGACACACUGGUUACCCUGGACCAUCUGGGAAACCUGGACAACCUGGAAAAGAUGGACCUCAAGGUCCAAUGGGACUAACAGGUGCAUCUGGACCUUCUGGUCCAAAAGGUGAAAGAGGACCAGUUGGGGCCCAAGGGGAACCUGGAAAUCAAGGUGAACAAGGGCCAAGAGGAGCAGAUGGAAAACCAGGGCAACCCGGUGGGCCAGGCAAACCAGGCAGCAAUGGUGCUCCAGGAUUACCAGGUAUAAAAGGUCACCCUGGUCUGCCUGGAUCUCAGGGUCAGCAGGGGCCCUCAGGACCACAGGGACCUAAAGGGCAUUCAGGUCAAAAAGGGGAGCCAGGACAAUCAGGACCUGAAGGCCCUCAGGGUGCACAAGGGCCUGCAGGACCUCAAGGCAGCCCCGGUUCUGCUGGUGCAAAAGGAGAAAAGGGACAUCCUGGUUUGCCAGGGCCUGCAGGACUUUCCACUAAAGGACUUCCUGGCCCUGUAGGACCACCAGGACGCCCAGGUGCAAGGGGAGCUGAAGGUGAACCAGGCUUACCAGGACCUCCUGGCCCACCUGGCAAACCCGGAGAAACAAUUAUACGGGAAGUAAGGGGAAGUGAUUUUGAGAAAGCAGGACAAGUUAGAGGUCUGACUGCAGUAUCAGUGUCAGCAUUUUCUGUUGCCUUGUCACAUUCCUUCAAUGAGCGGGGCACACCAGUUGUAUUUGACAGUAUGAUAUACAAUGGACAAAAUCAUUAUGACCUAAAUACAGGAGUCUUUACAUGCAGGAUACAUGGACUCUAUUAUUUUGCCUAUCAUGUACAUGUUAGAGGAACAAAUGUCCAUGUUGGUUUGUAUAAAAAUGGCAUACCUAUAACAUAUACCUAUGAUGAAUAUAGCAAACAUUAUCUAGAUAAUGCUUCUGGAAGUGCUGUGCUAGAACUGUCAGAAAAUGAUGAGGUAUGGCUGCAGCUACCCAAUUCAAAGUCAAAUGGAAUACAUUCUUCUGAUGAUGUGCCUUCUACUUUCUCAGGGUUCCUCAUUGUUGCUCUCUGAUAAAAAUUGUCAGAUACUAAAUUGCUAUUUAAAACCUGUAUCUUGGAAUUAAUAUGUCUUGGAAGCAUCUCUAGUAGUAUGUUAUGCUUUAAAAUGGUAUAAUUUUCUGGUCUGUUUCCAAGAUAUGAAUGAGGUAACUAGUGUUUUACAACAAAGCAUAUCAGAAUGAUUGCCUGUUCAUUGCAGAGUAACUGGUAACCAGUUUAAUGGAAAAUGGCAGUUGUUCUACCAGUUGCGUAAGGUGAAUCAGUAACUACCUUCAUAGAGACUGGAGAAUUGAUGUAAUAUGAUUCAGUCUGAAAUUUUUUUCUGCCUAAGUGUUUUCAUUCCUCUCUUAAAUGUGUGUCUUUGUACUGUGAGCAAUGGCAUUACAAACAGGACACUGUCUUAAAGCAGCAUUGACUGAUAAUAGGGGCACAUAGUUUUAAAUGAUACUUAAGGGCUAGUUGGGUAUAUGGGCUGAGGUUAGGGACUGAAACUCAUACUAUUUUUCCUAAUUGUCAUAUCUGCUAUAUAAAGACCAUCCAAUUUCUUUAUCCAACCUAAAACCAUUUAUGUUUUCCUACAUCUAUACUUCAGAACUCUAAGCAACAGAUACUCUGAAUAUGUAUUACCAUAUUUUUUUAAAGUUUGCACAAAAAAUGCUCUCUGAAAUUCUUAAAUGUUUCUCUUGUGACCUCAGGCCAUAGUAUUUCCAGAAUGGUUUGUGAAAAUAUAUAUGACAGUGAGUUCCUCAUACAACAUACAAACUCCAAAGUUUUGCCCUGCAUAAUACCCAUGUAAUAGAAGAUAUCUUAUAAGGAGAAUUGAAAAUUAAAAUGAAUGAAGUUACCAUUCAGUGCUGCUUUAGAUAAGAAUACAGAUAACAAGUCCAUUAUAAAUAAUUAAGAAAAGACAUCAGAUCAAAAGAAAAAAGUUCUUAUAAUAAAUGUUUCUGAAGUGUGUCAAUAUUGUUUAUACAUAUCAAUACGUAGUGUGAUUUAUGAAAAAAGAAAGAAAAAAAUGUGACUGUACCCUGACAAUCUAAUAAUUUUGUUAUUUGCUGUCAUUGUUGUGCAAUAAAAAUGUACUUGACACAGUCA